AUGGCAAGUGUCAACCCUCUCCUCCUCAAGGGCAAGAAAGUCUGCCGCUUCACGAAGUGGCUUCUGAACACACAAACAAAGCUGCGUACCGCCAUCAACAGGUCCAGCAUCACAACUAUCGCCGCCGCCACCACCACCACCAACAACCACAACAAAUCCUGCUCUCACGACUGCAGCAAAGCCAAACAACAACGUCGCGUCCACAAUGAAAUCUUUGGUUGGACAAGCGACGCCUGGGAUGAGAUGAGCAUGAACACCACCUCCACAACCACCUCCCUCUACUCGCCGGCACCCACCACCCCAUCAAUAGGGUGCAUGAGUAGAGAAGAAGCUCUCAGAUGCGCCGAUGACUAUACAAUCCGCCGUAUUGAGAAAGCUUCCAUGCACAACACUACCCGCCACCCCCGUGGCAGAAGACCAUAUAUCAGAGUUGAAGGAUACUGA